AUGUUACGCCCGUCGUCAGCGAGAGACGCAACCACAUGUCUGCGAUGCAACCUGCGCCUCGUGCUCCGUCAGAUCCAAUACCGCCGCUACCAAUCUUCGGAUGAAUCGCCUCUUCCAACUUCGGAUUUUGCUGCUUCCACGCCUGCGCCUUCGCCUCAAACAUCACAUCUUCGACUCGUUCGCACCCACGGAUACCAUGGAAGGAUUCGUGGCAAGAAGGGCGGCCAGAGGCGAGUCGAGUCGUCAGAGGCCUUGUCCAUUGAUAGUCUAGGACAGAGCUCCGAAGUCAUUGUUCUACGCGACUUGCACGAGCCCCGUCCAGAAAAGAAGAAGCCAGAGGAACACGCCCAACACCCAGACCAUGUCGAAGCCUCCGAGCCCAAGCCGCCUGUCCUGACCGGAAGGGACAUUGAAAAUAUGUCAGGCAGAAGAGCAACUCGUCCGAAGCCUCAAGAGGUCUUCGAGUCCAUCGAUGCAUUGAGGCCUGAAGAGGGUGUCCAUAUCUUCACCGAAGAUGAAUUUCGUCGCCAGAUUCAGAAUCUCCGUAAUGGCUACACUCUAAGUCAACUGAGAGGUUAUUUGCUUCACAAGACUGCCCCUGCUCAAUCCGCUGCCUCUAAUGUCAAAAGGUUGCGUCGUGGCUCGCGUGCCUCCAACGAGACUGCAUCUACCGAGAUUAGUAGCGGAGAAGGGGAAUUGCGGCAUCUCAAGCGAACUGCCUGGCAUGCCGGUACCACUCCCAUCGCCAAACGGCUGCCCACGGUUGGCCUCUCCAUGCAUCUGGGUCGCAAGAUGGACAGCAAAGACGAUGUCAUAGAGUCCAUCUUGCGUCAAGUUUGGGCACUCGGCAUUGAGGAAGAGCAGACAGCUAUGGGCGAGAUGGAGUUUUUGCUGUCACCUAUACAGUUUGGUCUGCUGCUCACGAAGAACUCCGACACCUUGCGGCCCCUGCUCGAGAGCUCCAAAUUCUACAAAAAUUCUCGAUUCCAGCUAUAUCAAGCCGACAACGUUAUUAGGAUCGUAGGCCCGAGGGCUGAGUCCGAGGCCAUUGCCCAUGUUCUGGCCGAAGCUUUCGCCCCUGCCAGAAGCGCCGAUAUUGACCUUGAAACCUUUCGCGCUGCUCUGCAAGAGACUUCCUCGUCCUCCACCCUGCGGGACAUAUUGACCCCUGCCCAAUUAAACAAUAUUAUGGCCCUGACAAGGACACACAUCCACUACAGUGUCAAUUCCAACCGCCUUCGCAUUGCUAGUUUCGUCGAUGUCGCCAUCAAUGAUGCCCAUCGUCUUCUUAUCGCUCUCUUGCCCUCCAACCCGCCAGUCAGAGUCACACACCUCUAUGAUUCGCACGAGGCUGACAGCUGUCGCCUUGAACCCCUCUCAGCAACUAAGGACCUACCGUCACAUGUUAAGAAUCGACAGCUCGGUCGCUGGGUCACCUCGUCGCCCAGGUCUGAGCGGUCUACUGCUGAUGAGAAUUCCUUGGGUAUUGAAUAUGGCAACCCCUCGCCAACCUGCCUUCGNAAUGUCGAGCUACCAAAUUUGCAUAGUGACAGCCCCAUCAUUCGAGAAGCUAUUGCCCUCAUGAAUUCCAAGCUCGACACCUCACACGAGGGCACAUCUGAGAUUGUGUCUGAAAUAUGGCCACCGAGGACUCUGUUCGCAUCUUGGAAAGCGAAUAUUGGCCUGUCGUUGCAUGAUCUUCAGAACAAAGACACCUAUCCCGGCGCUGCUGCUGUUUUCUCGAGUGUCGAAGAUCCCGCAACAUAUCCCAAGGAGGUUUUUGCCUCAAAAGUCCAAAGUCUCGUCAGCCUUCUGUCUUCUGUUCCUCAGAAGAAGUCAGGCCAAAUAGUCAGCGAAGGAUUUAUGCUCACGGCUCACCUAAUCCCAUCUCCUCUCGAGCAGACAGGUAUUCUGGCUUCGACCAUCUUUCCAACUGUGCAGCUUCGCUUCUUCCUCAAAGAGUCUACUCUACUAUCUUACGACCAAAAGCGUACGUCCGCCAUGCUUCCUGAUGGCAAGUUCCUCAGUUUCAAGGAUAUGCGCGCCGUACUCAGUACUGAAGCUAUACAGCUCAACCUGCCCUCGCAUAAUGCUGACAUACGGUUUGAGCGUGAUCACGAUCUUCUUUCACGACGCGCCAUGCGUGACCCCGGCAUCAGGUCAUUCAUUGAAGCAGUAAUCGAAAGUAUGACGAACGACGCCACUCUACGUGCACCCCCUGCUCUGCAAAUCCCCAUUCCUCGUGCGGUUAUCCGUAUUAUGAGUAAAUCACAUUCAGAGAAGCCGGGACACGCCGCUCUCAACCUUGAAACUCACACCGAGUCCGAGGCUGAGCAAUCAAUUCGUGUCAAAUAUCUUUUUGCUGGCUUCGAGUAUCGUGAGCCACGCAAUUUCAAUCUCGGAGCGCUUGGACCAGACUAUAGAGCAACUCUUCACACUGUCGAGGCGGGCGUAACAGGCGGACGUCGUCUCGCACUUGGUUUGCGGUCUACUCCGAGGUUCGAGCCGCGNAACAAAACACGAGCAAAGCUUGCUGCCAGAGAAAAGACGCCACAAGCGCAGGUCACCNNUAACGACAACAAUCUGUCGGUAAUGGAAAAGGUGGCCAAGCAGGAAAGAGGUGUCGAGCUAGACAAGGACCAGGAUUCUCGCGUCGAAGAGGUGGCGUCGGGUGAAGCAGCUGUGCAAGAGACUAUUGCGAUCGAAAAGCUGCAAUCGCAAAGUCGUGCUUUUGAUGCGCCUGUAGAGCAGGAUCGCACCGAGCAGAGAUUGGUUACAGAGACGGCUCCCUCGACUUCAAGCACGAUCGAGGCAGACACGCCUGAGCAGACCACUAAGAAAGCAGCGGCCGAGUCUGAGACUCGAGAAGUCAAGGCUGAAGAAGCAAAGACCCCUGAAGAGGAACCNCUGAGUGUCCGUCUAAGACGCAUGAUGGGUGGUGCCUGA